AUCCAGGGUAGCUUCAAGCUUGGCUUUCCUGCUGGUGACCGGGAGGGCGCUCCGUGUCCGUCUGGUGGGAGGAUGGCGCUGCCGUUAUGGAGCCGCCUAACGGGGCCCCGAGGUCUUCUACUGACAGGCCGAGUGUCCAACACACACAGAACCGCCGCAGCCGGACUGAAGUCUUACGAACCGCCGCCGGAUUUUAGAGGGGUCGAGAUGAAGGAGAAACCCAAACUACGCUUUCUGAACAGAGCGCCGGACCUAGUGAAAGUGCUAAAAAUGCCUAAGAACCUGCGAGACAUCCGGGGCCCGGCGACCGAGGGACGGGACUUCCGAGAAGGAAAAUACGGCAUCUUGGCCCUGGGAGGCGGCUACUUGCGCUGGGGCCACUUCGAAAUGAUGCGUCUGACCUUAAACCGUAAGUUUGACGCUCGCACCACCUUCAGCCUGUGGAUGGUGGAAGCGCCCAACAAGCCCAUUACCCGCAAAGGACUUGGGCAGCGUAUGGGCGGAGGGAAAGGCGACGUGGACCAUUAUGUCACCCCGGUCAAAGCCGAGCAGCUGAUCUUGGAAGUGGGGGGUCACUGCGAGUUUGAAGAGGUGCUACCGGCCCUGGAACAAGUGGCCAAGAAGCUUCCUUUCCCAGCAAAGGCCGUUAGUCGGGAGAGCCUCAAACAGAUGCGGGAGGAGUUCGAGGAGAAGCAAAGGAACAACCAGAAUCCGUGGACAUUCGAACGCCUUGUGACCCGCAACAUGAUGGGCUGUAGGAAGUAUCUGUGCCCGUUGGACCUUGAGUUGAAGGGCAGAUACUGGGGCAAACGCUGCCUGAAAAAUCGUGUGUGAGGCUGGUUACCUUACCUGUUAGAAAAUGGAGAGGCUCUUAUGGUCUGUUAAAGUGGUUGU